GUUUUCCGUAGUAGUCACAGCGCAUGCGUCAAUCGCCAUGUUAUUAUUGCCUCGUGAGGUGGACAAUGUGUGAAUGACAUUCGCCGAAAUGUUAUCGUGAUACUUAUUUAUAGGAAAGUGGAAUGAAUCAUGAGUGACUCAGAUGGUAUUGGUAGCCCUGGCCGUCAGAGAAGAUCAUCAGAAAGGAGUAGAGAAAACAUUAGGGAGUACGUUAAACUUUUAGGGAAAAAAGUCCCAGAUGUUUCCCCAGACAGCAAGUCUCCCAUUUCAGCGUCGGGUGAAAAAUCCCCUUUGAGGGGUUCCCCAUCAAAGUCUUCACCCGAGGAGGAAAAAAAAGGUUCUCCAAAAGUUAGAAGAAAUUUAUGGGGUUGUGCAAAAAGUCACGAAAAAGACAAAGAAGUUGAAUCCAUCAAAAAGGAAUCUCAUUCAUUGAGUGAAAAGAAGGAUGAGGAGAAAGGAGAAUCGCGUGCAAGUAAGAUUACACUCGGUAAGGAUCAGUCUGCCAAGGGAAAUCUUGAUAAUACUAGUGCAAUAGGAGAGAAGGGUACUAAGUUGCAGAAAGGUGAACGAAGAUCAUCAAGUGAUAGUAAAAAAACUCCCAUAAAGGUAGACAAAAUUGAGGAAAGCAGUGACGAUUCUCCCCCGGAUCUUGUUUUGUUUCUGAAAGAAGGACGUGGCAGAACCCAGAACUGGUCUGAGCCUCCAACUCUUGAUGCUGAAAGUAUAGCAACUAGAAGUAGAACUAGAGUGCCAGCUGACCUUAGUUUACAAUUUGUAAAGAAAGUAAAACCUCAAGAUAAUGUGAAAGUAAAAGGAAAAGAGUUGAAGAAAGAGAUCAAGAAAGAAAAGUCAAAAGUUUUGGAAACCCCUGAGUCUUUGAAAAGAUUGGCUCAAAGUAUUCCUUUGAAAGAGUCUAGGAGGAGUUCAAUCUCACAAGAAAAUGAAUGCACAAAAAACGUUACUAGUGGGAAGGGAAAAACGAAAGUUGCAUCAGUUAAGGAAUGUGGUAACAGUAAAGGUAAAAGAGAUGAUAGUGAAAAUUCCAUCGAUGAGAAGGGCAAGGUAAACACUAGGACACGUUUAACGAGGAAGGAUAGUAGUUCUUCCCUGUCUGAUACCCCUGGAAGUGAUCUAACUGAGGACAAGGUUGGUGUCCUUAAAAGAGGCCAGCAUAUAAAAAAAAACGUUACAGACGGUGGCAAAGCCCAUAAGGAGAAUGCUACAGUUAAUGCUAGUGGCGAAGCUGCUAAGGAAGGAGCUAUUGGCGUAGCUGCUAAGGAAGGAAGUGAUGAUGAUCAGAUAGUCAUCAAGAAAAAGGAAGAAGGUAAUGGUAGUGUCAAAGGAAUUGAUCAGGAUGAAAAGAAAAGUGAAUGCAAGAUUAAAUGUGCAGUCAGGUCAUCUGCUGGGGUAAAAAUGCCAGAGGAAGUAUCUUCCGGAGCAACACUUACACCAAUGAAAAUUAAAAAGCUCACCUUUUUACCAGAGAAGAAAAUCUUUGAGAAGGAACCAGCUAAAAUCGAAAUGAAAGCAGCUAGUGAAACUGGGAAAAUUUCUGAAGAUAAAAGUUGUAAAAGUGCUGAGGGAGAUGUUGAGAAGGGUGAGGCUUCAAAAGAUAGUGGAGUACAAGAGGAAGCUGAAAAAAGAGCAGAAAUAAGAAUUACUAGGCGUAUAAUAAAGCCCUCAAGUUCUAGUGAAGAGGCAGUUAAUAAUCAGGGGACAGUUUUAAUUCCUACAUUACCAAUUGCAGAGAGGUGUUCUGUCACAUUAGAAAGUGAACAGGAGAAGCAGGCACCUGUUAAGGUAUCCAAUCUUGUUACCAUUGCUGCUGCUAACCCAGGAAAUGGAGCUCCUGUACGUUAUAGAAAAAUACACAUAAAAAUCCCAAGCCUACAGCAGAGUCAAGCUAACAAAAUUGAAAGUCCCAUUUUUAUAGGGAACACAGAAGUAAUGACAUUUAAAGGAGAAUCUACUAGUCAGAUAUCUCAGAUAACAACUAAGGAAGUAAAGGCUAAGCAAGCCACUGAAGAGAAAGUUUUGUCUACCCCAGAAAAGACAGCGCCUCAUAAUAAUAGUGGCCUUUCUGAUUCUGACUUUUCGCUGCGAUUGAGUCCCACACCACAAAAGGUUACUCUUUAUGACUUAACAGAUAUUGAAGCUGAAGAGGUUGUAGUUGGAGAUGGAGGAAGUUCUUCAGAGUCCAGUUUGCCAGGGUCAGGUAAAGAAUCUGAAAGUAGUGUAAUGAUGGAUCAAGUGCCUCAGCAACAACAGUCUCAGGAUCUGAAUCUCUUGUCAAAUGAAGUUUUAGAUUCAAGUAGUGAGGAUGAUUCUUCAAAAUCAGGGGAAGGUCUGAGCACUUUAAAAAAGAAUCUUCUAUUGUCCCCAGAAGGCAAAGUAGCUCUUGACCAUUCUUACUCUUCAGGGACUAGUGAAGGUAGUAAAGGUUCUUCAAGUACCAAAAAGAAGUCUCCCGUGUCUCAUGAAAAGACACUUUCGCCUCGACCUGUGUAUAGCAGUGCAAGCUUAGCCAAGCGACCUUUAGACAUCAUGAUGCACAAUGAUAAGAUUAAUAUUUUGAGACAAAUGAGUCAGAUUUUUAACAAUGAAAAGCCAAACGAGGAUGAUGAUGAGUCAGAAGAAGAUGGUAAGUCUGAGGGAAAAGACUUGGCCCUGGGUGUUAAAAACCGGUGUGUUCCAAUGAAAGGAGAUAGCUCAAAAAACAGAAUGAUAAAAAGCCAAAGUAGACAAUUAGUAAGCAUUAAAUCAUCUGCAUCAUAUGUUCUUACUCCUGAGAAGUCCUUAGUCAAAUCGCCCAGCAAAGUUCUUCUAGUGGAGCCAUCACCAUCUUAUGUGAAAGAUCUUCAGAAAGAUUUCAAUAAUGUCUCCAACAGUAAAAAUCAAGAAUCCCAGAAGCGAGAUGGAGUCAAAGAUGAUCAAGGAAAGUCACACAGUAAACAGAUAAAAGAUCAGGAUGCUUCUAAGAAAGAGUCAGAAGUUGGAGGGGUUCAAGAAAUGAAUCAGAAGGAAGGAAAGAAAGUAGAAAAGAUACUUGAGAAAGUAACAGAGGGUGUUAAAGCUAAGAAAACGAUAGAAAAUGUUAAGAUUACUAAAGACGUAAAUUCAUAUAAAAAAGUUGUUUCUACUUCAAUAGAGACUCCAGGUACACUUAAAAAGGAUAUUGUUAAUCAAAAGCCCCAAGAUUCGUGUAAAAAGAGUGAAAAACACAAGGUCGUCGAAGAAGCGUCCAAGAAGAACGCAGUAAAUUUGAACAAGGAACAGUCUUCAACAAAGAAAGACACUCUUCAGUCUCUUCAACAAAAGGUCCUGGAAGAUAAUGUAGAAAAGAGCAACAAAAAGCAAGAGAAGGAAGAUCUGAAAGAGAGUAGUAAAGAAGCAGAUCACUCCGAUGUGCCAAAGGAAGAUAAGGGGAUGCCAGACAAAAUAGAAACAGCCCAAAAAUCUUAUACUAAUCUUAGUGAUAAAAAUUCAGUAGGUAAAAUUUCUUCAUGUUUAAAUAAUGAUGAAAAAGUGUUGUGUCUCAAGGAGGGAACUGAAAUUCCUAAAAGUGAUGAAGAACUUGCACCAUUAUCAUCAGGAAAAUCAGAUGUAGUGAAGAAAAUAGAAGCUAGCAGUGUAGUACCAAAGGUAUUUUUAAGUCCAAUCAAAGGAGAACCGUUCAUUGGUUUUCCAGAUAAAAUCCCAAAAGUUCAUCAUGUGUCAUCCUAUGCAACUUCAUUGAAUGAGAAUAUUCAAGUAGAAAGCAGCACUGGACCAAAAGGAGAAGCUAUUGAUAUUAUAGAUGGCUUUACAUUUAUAUCAUUUAAUACUGAGGAAGAAAUGAUGAAAUAUUCAAGAAGAGGAUACAAUAAAGCGCAGAAAACAUUCAGACGACUCAGGAAGAAGAAAGGAAAAGCCAGAAAGUUCUCCAGAAUUAAGAGGCACAGCACCCUUGUGCAAAAGAGCACCACAAGCAGCACUGCAGCAGAACGCCCCCGUAGAGAAACUCAAGGUCAUCCAGGAGAACGAUCUGCUGAACAGUCAAGUGCUUUUGCAAGCAAUGAUUUGGACGCUUUUUUGGACAACUGUUCGCGAUUGAAUAUCAGCUAUGCAAUUCCUAAGUGCAAAGCGACUGAGGAUGGUGUGACUAAAAUUACUGAUGAGUUCCUUGAAGAAGAUGGGAAGAAACCUAGUCAUGCAGAGGAGCAGAAUAUUAGGCCCUCCUUCCCAGAUCAUGCUACCAUGCCUCAAGAAGACCAAUCAGCUGUUGCACCACAAAAUGAUGAUGCUGCAUCAGAUCCAGUACAGCAGUAUGAAGAAGUUAAUGCCAUUGAUAUUUUGUAUCCCAAAGAAAAAUACAAGUACUAUUAUAACAAAGAACUUUGUAAGGAAUCAAAAGGAGAUGGAUCUACUCUCUUUGUUCAUAGAGCUGGACAGCUUGUGCCCCUCACUAGUGUAUUCAAAACUCAGAAGGCAGCACCAUCCGUUCCUGUCUCACGGAAAACUGUCGAAUUGAUUUAUAUAUAUGAUGGGGGAAAACUGCUGACACUUGGCGGCUCUCUAACAAAGAUUAACCCCUCUAAUUCAGAUUCAGUCCGGGCAAGAGUUGUAUUACCAAUGGGAAUUCCAUGUAUACCCAAAGGUCAGAUUGUAGAUUCUAGCAAAAAACAGGUUAAAGCAGUUGAAAUAAAUGAAGAUAUGGCUAAAUUUGCACUGUCAGCAUUGCAAGAGCCUUUUUGUAAAGAAAGUGAUGGAAAGGAUUCAAUGCCAGCAUCCUCCCAGGCAUCAGCAGUACCUGUAGAAAAAGACUGUGAAAAAAGUGACUCCAAAGAAAAAGAAAAAUCUGAAGACAAGAAGAAAGGGAAGAAGUGGCCAAAACUGCCUGUCAAGCCAAAUAAGUCAAAUAUUUUAGAUAUCAUUGCUGCCAAGUUGGCAAUGUCUGAAGAUGAAAGUGAUGAAAAAGAUGAAGCCGAAGAAAGUAAAGAGGACGAUGUUAAGAUGGAAGCUGAUAAAAGUAAAUCUAAUUCACCAGACACUAUAGAGAAGGAUAAUCGAGAUACGGAAGAGGGGGAUAAGAAAAAAGACAAACCUCAGACAAGCGAAGAAGUCAGCAAAGACAUUAAGGUACCUGAUGAAAGUAGUGAUUUGAAAAUCCUGAAGGAAGAUCUUGAGAUGAGCUCCCAUAAAGAUGAACCUGUUGGUGAAGGAAAGAGUACAAUCAGUAGUGCUUUAAAAGAUGAGAAGGCUGAAGAAAUGGAUACCAAAGAAGGAGCGGGGAACAGUAAGGAUUGCAAGUGGACAAAUCUAAAGGCAGAAAAUUGUAAUGAUGAGGUGAAAGAAGAGAAGAAAAACAUCGAAGUAGUAACAAAGGCAGAUGCAGAGGACUCAAAGGAAUCUCCUCUCAUGUCAGACCAAAAGGAACAAGGUGGCAGGGAUGAGGACAAAGAAGACACCUCUUCAAAGGAUCAUCAGGAAAGUGAUAAGACAGAUGAGGCAAAUUUAAAAGAUAUGAAAGUUCAGAAAGAAGUUAAAGAUAAAGUAGCAUCCUUGGAUGAAAAGCCACCUUUGGAGUCUGAGAAAAAUGAGGCUAAAGAAGAAAUUGAGCCGUUAAAGUCCUCUGAUAGUGAUACAAAGUUGUCAGCCUCACAGAGUGAAGUAUCUGAAGGAAUCGGUGAAAGGAAAGAUGAUGAAUCAAGCUCUGAUACUGCUGAUAGUGGAGAGAAGGCAGUCAAUGGAUUAACAGCUAACAAGAGUAAGGUCUUCAAGAAAAAUAUGUACAGAUUUCCGUCACUUUCUAGGGAAAUGAAACGUCUCAGCAUGAAUUUUGUGAACUAUGUUGGUGAGACCAUAGAACAACCAGAGCCUGUGAAAAUAGAUCCAAAUGCUACCUGCAAAAAUGACUUCUGUAAACUGGGAUGUGUGUGUGAAACCCUCCUUUGCACUAGAAAAGAUCCAGAACAUUGUGGCCGGAUUGAGUGCAUGUUUGAAUGUACUUGCCGAGAUGAAAGUUGGAAGCACCCGGUAUCUGGAUCUGGGCGAACUAUGAAUGCUGUCUCAAUAUUCAAUGUAGAUCGAGAGCAAAUGGAAGGUUUAGCAGUUAGAGAGAAGGACUUCAGAAGAACUGUCAUUCAAACUGGGUCAGAGGUUAUUUUGGUGGGUGCAGAACGGAAAAAGAGAGAACGUCGAUUACCUGAUCGCUUCAAGGACUCUGCCAUGUGGUCUGGCAGUGAUUAUGUAACACUUGAUACAGCUGAAGUUGAGGCACCAACUGUUAAAGAAGAAUAUCCAAGCAUCCCUCUCCAUGAGGCAGCCAAGUACAUAAAAAAGUGCAGUGUGAAAGUUCCUUGGUAUGAUAUAAAAGGUAUAAGUGUAUGGUGUAUGGCUCAUUCGUGUUAUGACUGCAAAUGCUUCACUGAUCCUUCUUUCCCUGCUUCAAGUGAUGAAAUAUCAUAUAUGGUUCCUUUGGAAGAAACAUCAAGUGCUGAGACCAAAGUCAGUGUGGACCAAGUCAGAGUGAAGGAAGAGCCAUGUUUAGAGCCUAGUUGUGUUGUGGUAAAUAUAGAUGUGAAUAAUGUACAAGCUCGUAGAAGAUACUGUUGGCGACUGAAGGAGUGGUAUCAUCCAGUAGAAAAUCAUAGCUCAAGGACAUGUGGAUACUCCAGUUCAAAGAAACGCCUCUGUGAGGAAACGAAGCAACUAACCAUCACAGGCCAGUCAUCUCAGGAAAACUCACCAGAACAGUUAGUAGAAAGUGUGGUGCGUUCCUUGAGGUAUGAAAAGUCAAAAGAAUACUCUCAAGGUGGUAUUGUUCUCCCAUACUAUGACACAUUUGGAGGGGUUUCUCCUGCCAAAUUGAAGAAGAUUGUGCAUUUACAAAACAGAAACAGUGUGGAAGGUAUCAAGUCUGAGAACUCAACCGAGUCUGUACCAGUGGUUGAUCUUACCUCAGAAAUUGUAGAAGAGAGUAAGGAUUCUGCAGGUUUCAAGACACAGAUACUCAAACCUCUUUCAAAACCAGAAGACAGUGUGAGAAAGCGUUCUUCCUCGUUUGAAGGUAAAAGUGCUAUGUUAGUGAAGAAAAGGCGGUUGACAGAGCCUGAGGAUGUAAGUGAAACCACAAAAUUGACCAAGAUUGGUGAUGUUGCUAAGAAACCAGAACCAUCUAAGAAUGCGGAUAAUAUUAAGCAAACUGCAGAUAUUAUUAGUGAGCAAGAUGAGAAAACAUCUCUUGUUGCUGAUAAGGAAUUGUUGAAAAAGAAAAAAGAGGGAGCUGAAAGUAAUGAAACUGUUUCUUCGGCCCGUAGGCCGUUGUCAUUAGUGGAGAUGAUGGUCGCGGAGGAAAAGAGAGGAGAAUUGGAACUUGACCUCUCUGAUAAAACACCAGGAAAUGCACUGCUUGUUGCAGAAAGUCGGUUUAGGAAGUUGAUAAACAUGAACAUAAUAGGAGUCAUUGGGAUUAAUAAAGCUGGAAGGUGUAUAAUCAGCACUGUGGAUUCAGCAAUGUGUUUGAGAACAAUGACUAGCAUCCACACCAUGAUAAGUAACAAUGCCCUGGAUGUUGGACCAAAUAUGCGUGAAAUUUUCUUUCCUGCGGCUCAUGCUGCUCCAAGGCAAAGGUUUGUAAUGAUACGUUGUGAUGGUAUGAAGAAAUGGGAAAUAGUUGGUGUCGUGCAAAAGAAGGGAGCUUUAGGAUUUACAAAGAAGUCUUCAGAGCAGAAGAACAAAUCAUCUUCACCUCAGAAAGUGGCUCCAGCUCAGCCACAAGUAAUUGAUUUAGAAGAUGAAGAAGAACAAAGCAGCACAAAGAUGAACAAAACUGAUGUAGUUGAAUUAUCUCUGAAGGAUAUUUCCCCGGCAGAUGAACUAGAAUCGUGUAUUGAAAGGAGCAAUGGCAGCUGGGAAGGAAGCUUUCCACAGAUUGCAAGCGUCCAAGGAGCAUCAGAUGUUCAUAUUCCUGGUGCUGAGGGUCUAAUUAGUACAGAUGCAGUAGAUAACUUUGAGAUUGUGUCAACUGAUGUAGGUACUGGGGCAGUUGAAGAGACUUCAAGCCCUGUAACAUCACUGCCUAACCUGAUUCCUUUGACACAGAAUCCUACCGACCAGUUAUCUGUGGAAAAACCAGCAUCAGCAACAGACAAAUUGCCUGUGAUGGCUUCCAAGUCCCCUGGUGGGAAUUCUCCAACUUCCGUAGUUGACUUAGAAAAGACUAACUCAGAAAAAUCUACUAGUGCAGUUUCAAGCACUGUUCCUGUUGCCAGUUCUCCUCAGCUAUAUUUUCUACCUACAGUGUACAGUAGCAGUACUACUGCAGUUACAGCUAACUUUUCCUCUUCUCCUAUUACAAGCGUUUCUGGAAUGAGAAUGAUUAAACUAAAUCAGUCUAGUGCUAAAGUUUUUGGUGAACCUUCAGGAAAUUCAUUUUUGCCUCUGACCCCAAUUUCCUAUCAGUCUUCGCAGUCUGCUGUGACUGGAGCUCCUCCCUUGUAUGCAGCAAGCCCAUUGUUACCAAAGUUAACAACUACAACUACAUCAACAUCAAGUGUGCCAUCUAACUCAAGCCUUGAAAAUGUUGUUGUUUGUCCGGUCAGUGAUGCAAAGCGAAUUGGGCUAUCCUCUGUAUUCAGGCCUUUGGAUGCUCAGAAGUCUGCAGAUCAUGUUACUCCUGUUCCAACCAAUACCCAAGGUUUUCAGAGACCACUGUAUUUUGCACCAAAUCCAGGAGGAAUGCCAAGGAUGGUUUUAAUGCCUCCUCACAAAGGUGUGCCACCACAAAUGUUGUCACCAAAUACCAGCAAGAAUCAAGAUGUUCAGUUUAAAAGGAUGUUGCUUGUGCCAUCAACUACAGAAAGUGGCAGAAUGGUUCUCAUUUCUGUGCCAACUACUGUAGCUAAUGAACCUUCUGUUAGUGGGGGAGAGGAAGGAACAGGGAUUGUUAGCUUAAGUAGUUCCAGCAAGGCACCUACAACUGAUUCUUCAGUGGAGCAAGGAUCCAACUCAGAUGUACAAAUCUUAUCAACUGUGAAACCUUCAGUGUUGCCUCCACCUCCACCUUUACGUAACAUGUCAAGUGCUGGUAAAAGAGAGAAGGUGACAGACAGUACAUGUGAUGAUGUUGUUAUAUUAAAUGCACCUGCAAAUAACACCCUGACUAUUUCGAAAGUUGAAAGUUUGUCUCAGGGAAAAGUUCCUGGUUCUAGUUCCUCAGCUCAGGUAUUGCCUACCAGCAAUAGCAGUACCAGAGUAGCAGCUACUACUAUGGUCAUGUCUUCUACAACGAUAUCUAGUACUUUACCUCUACUAACACCAAGUAGUUACACAGAAGCCAUUAGUAAGGAAAAAGAUGAUGGUCAGUCAUUACCUGUCAAGUCAUCUAGUGAUGUGUCUGUGAGAGAAAAAGCUACAGAGAAAAAUAAGGCUGCAGAGCCUUCAACCUCAGGAGUCUCUACAGACAACCCCAUCAUUGAAUAUGAAACAAUAAGAUCUCCUGAGAAGAGAGUCAAGUGUGAUGAGGAUCUCAAGAAAAGUCCCACAAUAAAGGAAACAAAGAAAGAUACUGUUAAUGAAGGGUCAGAUGAUAUUCAAGAACUCAAGGUUACCCCUCCUCAAAUAAAGAAGGGUGGACAUCAUUGGAGUGCAGUUGACCUUUCUCUGUCUUUCAAAAGUGUUAAAUUAGAGUGGCUUUUGGGAACUAUUAGGCAAAAUGUUUUGGUGAAUAUAUAUCGAUUGUCUUUAAAAACUCAGUCGCCUGUUACUUUAAGUGUUAAAAAUGGUACAUCAAUGUCCACAUUGUAUGGCUUAGCUCGUAAGUCAUAUUUUGAUCCUGUGGAACAAAAGUGUUUGCCUGUGUUGAUAUUAGGGUCAGUCAUGUCAGCAGUAACUAGUUCUGCCUCUACUGAUGAUUCCAUGUUAUUUAAAGCUAAUGCAAUCAAGUAUUUUAUUAGGGAAAACACAGGCGAAUUGGCUUCAUAUACUUAUGAUAACAGUGGUAAAAGUCUCAUUAAAUUAGCUUCUAAAAAACGUGCUGCGACAGGAGAAAUGAUUGGCAUCGGUGAAACAAUUUCCUUGCAUUCUGUAAGAGAUGCAAAGUAUUCAGGAAGUUCACAGACACCAGUUAAAAAUAAUGAUAGUAGUAAAGUCUCUCAGAGUAGUGAUUGCAGUUGUAUAACAGCUGGGAACUUCAUAUGCCUUGGGCAUAAAACUGCAGAUAAUGAAAAGCCUCCAGUUUCAGAAGCUUCACGUUCCCAAGGUGUGUGUGAUUCUUUAGACGAGAAGUCCUCUAGUCAAGGGUCAGUUAUCAAUAGUGUGCAACCUAAUGACCAGCAGAUGAAAAGUGAAAGUAGUGAUCAGAAGACUCUCAGUAGUAAAAGUUUAAAACAAAGUGAACCAGAAUCCAUUCCAAGCCAAGCAAUAGAAACGAGUAGUAAUAUUGUUGAAUCAUCUCAAAUUAGUAAAAACUUGGAAAAUGCUGCAACUUUGCAAUCUUCCAACCCUGACUGUGAGAUUGUUUGUGUCAAAAGUUCGAACACACAAAAUUUGGCUGUUGAAAACAAGUUGUCGACCUCAGAAUGGCCAAAUACUAAAUCAAAACAAAAUGACCAGCGUGCAGUUGAAAGUGAAGACGUUAUUGACAUUGAAGGAUUUUGUGAUGAAGAUUCUAUAAUAACCAGCUUGCGUGAUCAGAUGGUGGGGCUAAAUAAAAUGAUGGGAUUAGGAAAAUCAGAGAAACCAAUGAUGUCAAGUAACCAUGGUGUAGAGAAUGUACUUGAUAUGCCUGUGCUACCUCCCUGCUCUGAUGUUCCUCCACAAAUUCCUGCUCCUUCCUUUGCUACAGCUGUUGACAGACUAACAUUUUGUGCCUCUGAUAAUAAGCAGGGUUUCAAGAAAAGGAAAGAAAGUGGAUUUGAUCGACCAUGCCCUCUUUCUCGGAAGAAAGGCAAAGAAGCAGUAUCUCAGAUGAGAAAAAGCAGUACACUUUUCCCUGCUAAACCAAAGGACGUUGACACCCGCCAGCGUGUUCCUCUUCAGUUGGCCCAAGUUAAAGCAACAGAUGUACCAGAUUCCCAUACGACAGUGGAUGAUAGUCAUCCAGGACCCUCAGGGGUGGGAACCAGUCAGAAACAAAAGUCAAGUUGGCUAGGACCCUCAGUACAAAAACUUCAGAGAAGGGAACAGAGAAUUGUUGAUAUAGAGGGUACAGAAGAGAGAAGCACUUUAGUCCACAAUGAACUGGAGAGAAUGAGAAGAAGGGCUUUGAGAGUUCUGUUUCUGAACCUUGGGAAUGCCAUUAGUCACUGUGAAAAGGAUCCUUCUGGUAAUUGUUAUAAGGCUCAGUCGAAGGCUUUUAUUCUGAAGAAGGCAUCAGAGGUAGCUCAGAAUCUGCUACACCAGUCAUUAAAACUGAACAAGUUAGAGAUGUAUUAUCGAAGAGAAAGAAGUAAACUUAUUCAGAAGUUGGCGUCUGCAAUAAGAGAUAAGGAUGAAGAUGUGAAGAAAGGGUGGAAGUCCUGGGUUGAAGAGCAUAUGAAAAACCCAUCAGCCAAAGAGGUUAGUUUGACUGAAUGUUUGUGAAUGAACCUUCAUAUGGUCUUGUCCGAUGAUGAAUACUGUAGAAUAUAUAAACCUUAUACUCACUAGUAGAGCCAAAGUGAUGGCAAAAAGGGACAGAUGAUGGAUAAUUGCUUAUUUUACCCACACACAUUCUUGAAGCAGUAAGAAUAAAGAAAAAUAUUCAGCCUAUUUCAGUCAUUCAUGGGAAAUAUUCAGUAGAAAGUAGGUUAGUGCAUUCCAUUUACUGUAAAUUGUCCAGAUUACAACAGGUAACUUAGUCACAUGAGGCAGACCUAUAUUUUUUGGGGGUGUCAUUUUGUGGGCUCAUAACCAGUUCUGGAGUUUGUUGCUCCUGGAAUCUCUAGUGAGUAUAUUACAAUGGACCACACUCAGCAAAUGAAAAAAACAAAAAAAACUGGCACUCAUCAAACCAGGGAAAUCCUUUGUGACCACAGUACCAAGCUGAACCACCUCUAUUUAAAAUUUAUCACUGGAACAUGAGCUACUGUAAUCCAGGAAUCAACCAGAUGUAGAUGGGCUAGUUUUCCAACAAAACCAUACCCCUGGAAGCUUAUUUUACGCUCGGGAAGAGGUCACUUAAUUUGAUAUUCAUUUCUUCUCUCUCAACUUUAUCACGUUCAAGAAUUCAGUACAGAUAUGCCCCUAGUUACAAUGGGGUAACAUUACAAUGACCCUAUUGUUACUUGAAAAAAAUACAUAGAUAAAUAAAGAAUGUCUAAAUUAUCAUAGCCUACACUGGUAUACAGUACAAUCCAUACAUAUAGCCUACAUUAUACAGUAUACUUUAUACCCACGUAUAUGGUAUAAUUAUUAAUUUCGGCUGGUACUGAGGUUCAGUGCAGAAUGACUCAUGAUAAUUCAGUACUAACUGAAACCAGAAGCUGAUGUGUACUCUACUUGGGGGUUUUUCACCAAGAUUCAGUCUAUUGUCGGCAUGAACAGUGUCAGGCUGUUGACGGCUACGUAUAACUGAAAAUCGGAAGAGGAGGAUAAUAAGCAGCAGAAUCAUUAAUUCGCUCCUCUUCAUCUUGUAUUUCUUAGGCUGUUAGUUCUGGUGUUACAGGGUGUAGGAUUUAGAGGAAAGAGCUGUUACGAGAAGUAGAGGGUCGAGGCUCAAUUGUGGUGGAAGGCGAUGCCAUUGGAGUGGGUUUUUUUGUUUUUUGUAAAUGACUCUAUAACCUGAAAUAGUCUUGAAGUGCUCUCUCAAUUUUGGUCAAUCUUUUCAUGUUCACAUCCAUUUGACUGAAAAGUUAUUAAUUCUGCAAC